AUGUCUUUCCUGUCGCCAAAUGAUUUCAUCGUGGAGUCGAGCACCCCUCUCGUGACUGUGAAGGUUACUCGCAGCCGGUUAUACCUGACAUUAGGUGUGCAGGGCACAUUAAUCGCCGUCACUUCCUUUGUACAGGAUGAGUUUGGACGGCCUGGUGAAGUGGAGCAGAGCGGCAAAGUGUUUCUCGGCGAUGUGUUAGUGCGUAUCAACCACGUGUUCAUCCUCCCGGGGAUGACGCCUAACCACGUGGCAGAAAUCGUGAACAGUUCUCCUAGACCGAUGGCACUUUGGUUCGAGCGCGCAUCUUGGGAAAUUCUAGACGGUAAAGCGUAGAUCAGUCGUGUGCACUAGUAC